AUGGCCGGCCCAGCAUCAGAUAUCAGUGACAAGCAAGUCACCAAGGAUGGUACCACGGUCCACCUUGCCGAGCCCGAAGAGCAGUCGCACAGCAGAUCAUUCUUGUCUAUCUUUACGCGGAAGAAACAAGUUGACCUGGAUGCUACAGCAACCACCAAGAGCGUCUUCGACGACCCUGUGCUAGCCAAAUACUACCUCCCACAUCCGCAAUGUGAGAACCUGCACCGAUUCGAUCCCGACUUCCGGUGGACCCAUCGCGAGGAGGUCGCCGUCAGACGCAAGACGGACCUCAAAAUAUUCCUCUGGAUUCUGGUCAUGUUCUUCGGCCUCAAUCUUGACCGGGGAAAUCUAGGCAAUGCGUCUGCCGACAAUCUUCUGCCGGACCUGCACAUCAACACCAACGACUACAACAACGCGCAGAAUAUGUACCGAAUCGGUUUUCUGAUUGCGGAGAUCCCCUCCCAGAUGGUGGGCAAGCGACUUGGCCCUGAUCGCUGGAUCCCCGUGCAGAUCAUCCUCUGGAGUCUGGCCUCCGGGGGACAGUUCUUCAUCCACAACCGGGCUGGAUUCUUCGCGUGCCGGUUCUUCCUCGGGUUCUUCAUGGGAGGCUUUAUCCCCGACGUGAUUCUGUACCUAUCCUACUUUUAUAAAAAGACGGAAAUGCCGCUGCGACUCGCUCUCUUCUGGUUCGUCGAUUCUCUCUCGGGCGUGAUCGCCUCCUUCAUCGCGUACGGAGUGCUGCACAUGCGCGGCGUUGCCGGACGCGCGGGUUGGCGAUGGCUUUUCCUCAUCGAAGCACUGAUCAGUCUGGUCAUUGGUGUUCUCAGCUUCCUGUUCCUUGUCCCCGGUCCAACCCAGACAGCAACCUGGUGGAACCCCAAAGGGUACUUCACCGAACGCGAGGAGAAGAUCAUCGUCAACAGGGUCCUGCGCGACGACCCCUCCAAAGGCGACAUGCAUAACAGACAGGCACUCAGCAUAGGGAUGCUCUGGCGCAGUCUCAAGGACUACGAUCUCUGGCCUAUCUACAUCAUCGGCAUCCUGUUCGAGAUCCCCACCUCCCCGCCGAAGUCCUACCUGAGUCUCUCGCUCAGGGCCAUCGGCUUCUCGACCUUCCAGACUACACUUCUGGGUAUCCCCGUCACCGUCUUCGCGGCUCUCAAUCUCCUUCUGAUCACAGAGCUGACCGAGCGCUUCCACCAGAUCGCAGUCAUCGGCAUCCUCACGCAGCUAUGGUCGCUCCCGCUUCUGAUAAUUCUGUACACUUCCGCCCGCACCCUCUCCCACUGGGGUCUCUACGCCGUCACCUUCGUGCUCCUAGGCUGGCCCUCCCCACAUGCAGCACACGUAGGCUGGUGCUCGCGGCUGAGUAACGCCGUCCGCACGCGCACGGUCAGCGCGGCGCUGUACAACAUCACCAUCCAGCUGUCCGGGAUCGCCUCGUCGAAUAUCUACCGCGAGGACGAUAAGCCGUACUACCGACGGGGUAACUCACAGCUGAUUGCGAUCAAUGUUGCGACGAUUGUGGCGUAUAUCUUGGCAAAGUGGUACUAUGUUGUGAGGAAUCGGUGGAAGAGGGAACGCUGGGAUGCGAUGAGUGAGAGUCAGAAGGUGGAGUAUCUGGAGACUACGACGGAUGAGGGGAAUAAGCGGUUGGAUUUUUUGUUUGACAGUUAG